UAUUUAAUUUCAUUUUUUUUUCUUUUUUUUUUUUCUUUUUCUUUUUUCUAUAUAUUAUUAAAUAAGAUAUGUCGCGUUUAUUAUUAUUCACUGUUCUUCUUGUUUUGGUUUGUCAAACUGUUUAUGGUCAUUACCAAUUGACUUAUCCUCCUUCUCGUGGAUUCAGUGAAUCAAAUGAACCUACUGGUCCUUGUGGUGGUUUUAACCAAGUUAGUUCCCAACGUACUGAAUUCCCUAUAAAAAAUGGUUUCUUAGAAAUUAAUUCGGAACAUCCCAAAUAUACUUAUCAAGUAUUUAUGGCUAUUGGUAACAAUCCUACUGCUUCUUCUUUUACUGGUAAUAAUAGCAUGGUCGCUCAAGGUCAAGUCUCUUAUCCUGCUCAAAGUUGUCUUCAAGUGGAUCUUUCAUCUGUUCAAGCCGCUACUGAUGGUACCAAUGCUACUUUACAAAUUAUCUAUAUGGCUGGUGAUGGUAGCUUGUAUCAGGUAAAAAAAAAAAAAAAAAAAUUCAUUUUGAACUUACUAUACGUUUACUUACUUUUAUUUUCCUCAUGUCUCUUUUCAUUCAUCAAGUGUACCGAUGUGACUUUGAAAAAUCAACCUUCUAAUUUCAACACUAGUGCUUGUGUCAAUGCUGAUGGUUCUUCUCCUUCAAAAUCUGGUUCAGCCGGUAGUCAACCUACUACUAGUAUUGCUACUUCUUUGAGAACUGGUGGUCUUAUGGUAUUUAUUGCUGUGAUGCUCUCUGUGGUUAUUGCUUAGAUACUUUUCUCUUUCCUAGUUUAGAUUUACCUAUAAAUCGAUUAUUCCUAUUUUACAUAUAUAGUAUAUAUUAUAUAGUAUAGUCUUUGUUUUAUUUACUUUUUAUUAUUAAAUUAUCCAUAUUAAGUUAUCUGUGAUGACUACUAUCAAA